UCUCUCUCCACACGAAAUUACUAAUAAUCAGUCAUGCAAGAAGCGAUUCCAUACAGAUCAGAUCGUCUCCCCACCGCCGGUGGAUCGGCAGCUCCUCCGCCGGAAAACAGCAACAGUACGGUGAGAGAACUGGUGGCGGAGAAUUCGGUGGUGGUGUUCGCCAGGAAGGGGUGCUGCAUGUGCCACGUGGUGAAGCUUCUGCUGCAUGGCCACGGCGUCAACCCUACGAUCGUUGACAUUGACGAGCAGAACGAAGCUGGUAUAAAAAACGAUUUGUCCAGGAUCCUCGGCGGCGGCGGCGUGGAUGGCGCUAAUUCUGGAAACUCCGCCGCGGUGCCGCAGUUUCCGGCGGUGUUUAUGGGCGGAGAACUGUUUGGAGGGCUGGAGGAAAUCAUGGGCGCUCAUAUUUCCGGCGAACUGGUGCCGAGGUUGAGAGAAGCCAGAGCUUUGUGGCUUUGACCUAGUCAACUAUAUAUUGAUGGGAGUAGAAUGAUUUUAACUUUUCAUUUUUGGACUAUAAGAUAAAUAAAAAAAAGUUUUAUUUCAAGUUUGAAGAUAGAACAAUAGUAGUUUGAGAAAUCAUGUCCGGUUGAUGCAAAAAAAAUUAUAUAUUGGGUUUAAUAUUUGUACAUAAAUAUAUAUUAUAUUAAUUAUUGAUCUUCUUUUC